AUGAUAUUCAGGCAUCAAACGAUGCCGGUUUCUAUGGGUCUCGAAAACCUUGCCUUGAACCAUAUACUUGUGCAACCCCUUUCUACGCGUCAACCACUUUCAAGUGACUUGGGACCAAAGAAAACGGAGACGCGGUUAACCACGUCUUGUCGCUGA